AUGGUGAACUUGAUCGAGGCGCAGAAGCCGCUGCUGACGGGCAUGAUGAGGCUGGCCGGGCUCCGCCCCAUCGACGUCGAACUGGAGCCGGGCACCACCAUGCACGUCUGGGCUCCCAAGCACCACGCCGGCAAGAAGGGCACCACCAUCAGCCCACACGACGCCAGCGCCGCCGCCACAGGGGGAGACGCCGCCGCCGCCGCGGCCAAGAAGCCGUCAGGCGGCCGUCGUGGGAGCAGGAGGAAGGGCCCCGAGGCGAAGCCCAACGUGGUCCUCAUCCACGGCUUCGCCGCCGAGGGCAACGUGACGUUCCAGUUCAACUUCGGCGUGCUGGUGUCGCGCUACAACGUGUACAUCCCGGACCUGCUCUUCUUCGGCAAGUCGUCCAGGACGGACAGCGCCGACCGGUCCCCGGAGUUCCAGGCGCGGUGCGUGGCGGCGGCGCUGGCGCGGCUUGGCGUGGCGCGCUGCGACGUGGUCGGGUUCAGCUACGGGGGCAUGGUGGCGUUCAAGCUGGCGGAGGCGCGGCCGGACCUGGUGCGGUCGCUGGCCGUGUCCGGGUCCGUGGUGGCCAUGACGGACGCCGUGAACCGGGAGACCAUGGAGCGGCUCGGCGCCGGGUCCUCCGCGGAGCUGCUCAUGCCGGAGACGCUCCAGGGCCUCAAGGCGCUCUUCUCCGUCUCCAUGUACCGGAAGAUGUGGUUCCCCGACAGGAUGUACAAGGACUACCUCAAGGCGAUGUUCACGAACAGGAAGGAGAGGCUGGAGCUGCUGCAGGGGUUGCUAGACAGCAACAUGGACGCAAAGAUGCCGACUUUCCAGCAGAAGAUAAUGCUGAUCUGGGGCGAGGAGGACAAGCUCUUCGACAUAGAGCUGGCCAAGAAGAUGAAAGAGCAGCUGGGCGAGAAGUGCUACCUGCAGGGCAUCCCCAAGGCGGGGCACCUGUUCCACCUGGAGCGCCCGUGCGCCUACAACCGCCAGCUCGGCAGGUUCCUCGCCCACGUCAACUCCCAGGAAACCCAAGCCACCAGUUGA